CAUGCGUGCACGCAUGCAGAUUGCAUUGGUGUAACACAAAAAGGCACCAACUAUGAACUAUAUCCAGGCCUCACCUAUUUCUCAAUCUCACCUCAUCUUCCCUGGUAUUAAAAGGCCUGUGGCCUGUGGCACACGUCCGUGCUAGCCACUGGUACAGUAGCACUUCUCACAUCUCUCCACUACUGACCUUCUGCACUGCAGCAGCAGCAUAGGCAAGAUCAGGCAACCAAUGGCGGCGCCUUGGUUCUCCUUCCUCGAGCUCUCCCUCUCCUUGCUCUGCUUCGCGGUCUUCUACUACUACCACAUCAGUUCGAAGCGGAAGAACCCUGUGAUCCCUCUGGACUGGCCUUUUGCGGGCAUGCUCCCGGGCCUCCUCGCCAACCUCCACCACCUCCACGAGUGGAUCACCUCCAUCCUCGUCGCCAGCCCCCUCAACUUCCUCUUCACGGGCCCGCCGCGCUCCGGCAUGCAGUUCUUGGUCACCGCCGACCCGGCCAACGUCCGCCACGUCUUCACCUCCAACUUCGCCAACUACCCCAAGGGCCCCGACUUCGAGGAGAUCUUCGACAUCCUCGGCGGCGGCAUCUUCAACGCCGACGGCGAGUCGUGGCGCCGCCAGCGCGCCAAGGCGCAGCUGCUCAUGUCCGGCGCCCCGUUCCGGGCGUUCGUGUCCCGGUACAGCCGCGACAAGGUCGGCACCGCCCUGCUCCCGCUGCUGGCUCACUUCGCCGGCACCGGGGAGGCGUUCGACCUGCAGGACGUGUUCCUCCGGCUGACCUUCGACACGACGACGACGCUGGUGUUCGGCGUGGACCCGGGGUGCCUGUCCGUGGGCCUGCCGGAGGUGCCGUUCGCGCGCGCCAUGGACGACGCGAUGCACGGGCUCCUGCUCCGCCACGUCGUCCCGAUGACGUGGUGGAAGCUGGCGAGGCGGCUGGGGAUCGGGCACGAGCGGACGAUGGCGACGGCGCGGCGCACCAUCGACCAGUUCGUCGCCGACACGAUCGCAAGGCGGCGGGCCGAGAAGCGGGAGAGGGGCGCCGGCAUCGAGGGCUCGGCGGACCUGCUCUCCUCCUACAUCAACGACGACGACGACGAGAACGAGGGCGCGGGCACCACCACCGUGGACGCGUUCCUGCGCGACACGACCAUCAACCUGAUGCUGGCCGGGCGCGACACGACGGGGUCGGCUCUGUCCUGGUUCUUCUACCUCCUGACGCAGCACCCGCGCGUGGUGGCCAGGAUCCUGCAGGAGCUGGAGUCCGUGAAGGGCGGCGCCUCCAGCACCCCCGGCGGCGACGGCAUGGCGACCUUCGACCCGGACGAGCUGGGGCGGCUGCCGUACCUGCACGCGGCGCUGUGUGAGUCGCUCCGGCUGUACCCGCCGGUGCCGCAGGAGCUGAAGGAGGCGGCGGCCGGCGACGUGCUGCCGAGCGGGCACGAGGUGGCGGCCGGCGACAAGGUGCUGGUGUGGGUGUACGCGAUGGGGCGGAUGGAGGAUGUGUGGGGCGGCGACUGCCGGGAGUUCCGGCCGGAGCGGUGGGUGGAGGAGGACGGUCGGGCGCGGUACGUGCCGUCGUACCGGUUCAUGUCCUUCAACUCGGGUCCCCGCACCUGCCUCGGCAAGGACAUGGCGUUCGUGCAGCUCAAGGCCGCGGCGGCCGCCGUGCUGUGGAACUUCGAGGUGGAGGCCGUGCCCGGGCACGUCGUGGAGCCCAAGCUGUCCAUCAUACUCCACAUGAAGAACGGGUUCAUGGCCACCGUGAGGAGAAGGCGCCAGGCUCCGGCGGCGCAGCAGCUUGCCUGAAUCCUGAAUUCCUGAUGAUGGGCUGAGAUGGAUCAUAGUCCUUCCUAGUACGUGCUCAAUCAUGACCACCAGUCGGUGUACGUUAGCUGACACGUAUGUACGUACUCUCGGUUGUGUACGUACGUGUACCGUGUACUACGUUCCCUCGAUGUGUCGUCUUUGCUUAUCUACUAGAACGAACUGAAAGCUGGUGUUACGUGUACGCACGACACGCACGUACGUUCUCGCUUCUCCCAUUAUUUUGAAUCAAUUUUUUGUUACAA